AUGGCUUUGAUUGUGAUUGUGCUGCUUGCACUAUCAGUGCUUGGUUUUACACCAUCUCGUGUUGGAGAGUGUGAGUGGGACGUGAGGCUGUGUAAAACCGAACCUGUUUCCACCGGAAUGUGCAGUCUCGGGACUGGUGGCAUGGAUGUGCAAGAUCUGGACCCUAUGGAAAUGCAGAAAAAUAUGGGAUUUCCAUAUUACCUGAAGCUAGACCUGCUGUGUGGCUUUAAGGAGUCUUCAGGCAGAGCCGUGCUGGAGGACUCAAUGACUCCAAAAGCAGUUGUUACGUUCCAAGAGCCCACACACCCCACUCACUUCAAACCGCAGAGACUUGAGGUGGAGCUGUCAGUUGCUUCACUAUCGGACAGUGCUACCUGUGGAAGUGAGAUGUGCGAGUUUAGCUGGUAUGCCCCAAUGCCCAUCAUCAAUGGGUCAGUGGUGCAACGGGUGAAGGUAAAAUCCAUUGAAAUGGGUUCUCAGCAUCUGCCUGAGAAAAGUUUUGCCCUAAAUGUGAACGGCUACAUGGUCACUACAGAGAAGGGAGAGACUGAAGCAUCCUUUGGCACUGAGAUACAGGCUGUAGAAGACGUGCUGAGAGUUGGUAGUCCAUCCCGUCCACUCUGGUCUGUAGUGGACCAUGCUCCUGUUCUCUUGUUGCCAGGAAUACCAGGCUUGACAGCUGUGCUCAUGACUGCUACUGAGUUCCAGCAUACAUCCCUUAUAGAGGUGAAUAAUGGAGAUGCAUGGGAAAAGGUAUUAAGUGCAGUUUGUGUGUCUGGUUUGGUACCAGUGAGUAUUCCUCAUCAUGGUAGAGAGUACUUCUAUGUUCUGGGGGGAGGCUUGCAGAGUGGAAACCUGUACCGUGCAGAGGUUUACGAUGGUGAUGUUACAUUUACAGAGUUGGUGGAUUCUAUUGGCUUCACCGCAUGCGAGAUUGUGACAUUUGAAAAAAACCUUAAAAGAAGCACUGCGAACAACCCCAGUUGCCAGGUGCGCUCAGCGGCCCAGAAUGCCCAGACCGAUGUAACUGACAUCAUACUAGUAGAGCUGCUUUUCCAUGAAGAUCAAGAGCGUUCUUACAUACUGCUCACGUUCGAUGGUCAUUUCCAGAUGAGUGAGAUUUUACCUGAGUUCAUCGUUUAUAGUCAGAGGCAACGGCCCCAAGAGAGAAGUUCUUUGAACCUGAAAUUCAAUGGAAUGACACUUAACCCCAGCACUGGAAUUCUAUACAUCUGGGGAAACUCACUCAUCUUCUCUUAUAUUCUUACUUGGGAGGAUGGGCAGAGUUUUUGGCACGACAGCGGAUUUCCUAGAGGAGGUGUGUAUAUUAUUAUAUGA